GCCGGCCUCUUGAGGCCGAUGCACAAGAUGGCGGCGCCGGCGGCCCGCUGGAGGCCGCGGGCUGUGGCGUGUUGUUGAGUUGUGGUGCCGGACAGGGAACCACACAGGCCUCGCUCAGGUGACAGGUGGUCGUGGCAGUGCCGCCGGCCCCGUUGGGGUGCAUGGCCAGCUCUCUGCUGUCCCAUGUUUAUACCGCCUCCCAAACCCUGUCCCGGGGCGGAACUAAAGAAAGGUCAGGUCAGGCUGCCCAGCCUAUCUUCGUCCUGGGGCGGUCCCUGUGAGUGGCUCACUUUUAGAAUUGACUUCAGCCACGUGUCACUUCCAUGGCUGCGUUGCAGGCCCCGGGGGAGAAGAUUAAUAUCCAGGCAGGAGAGACGACCAAGGUCGGGGACAGGGACCCUCUGGGGAACGACUGGCCCGAGCAGGACAGCCUUCCACCGCGUUCCUGGAGACAGAAGUGCGCCUCCUAUGUGUUGGCCCUAAGGCCCUGGAGCUUCAGUGCCUCACUCACCCCUGUGGCCCUGGGCAGUGCCUUGGCCUACAGAUCCCAGGGUAUCCUGGAUCCCAGGCUCUUGGUGGGCUGUGCAGUGGCUGUCCUGGCUGUUCACGGGGCCGGCAAUUUGGUCAACACUUACUAUGACUUUUCCAAGGGCAUCGACCACAAAAAGAGUGACGACAGGACUCUGGUGGAUCGAAUCUUGGAGCCCCAGGAUGUUGUUCGGUUUGGAGUCUUUCUCUACACCCUGGGUUGUGUCUGUGCCGCUUGCCUCUACUACCUGUCCACUCUGAAACUGGAGCACUUGGCUCUCAUCUACUUUGGAGGCCUGUCGAGCUCCUUUCUCUACACAGGAGAAUAAAGAGACUCAGCAACUCCCGGGCUGCUUUUGACUCAUCUGACUCUUCAUGUCUCCCGCUCCCGCUGGUGGCUGUCUUUAUUAGGCUACAAUUCACGUGUCUUCACCCCCCUCAUCCCGGUCCUGCUGUGGGACAAUGGCCUUCUCCACAAGUGUGCCAAGCGUCCCUGUCGCACUGUCUGUCUCCUGGAAGGUCUGGACGGCUCACCCUCCUUCUUCAUGUUUCUGACCAGGCCUCAUUCCCCAUGGCCUGAUGGAUGACUACUCCCAGCCCUGUCACUUCCAGCUGUCUCUGUGGCUCAGGCUGCAGACUGACAGGAUUCAUACAUCACGGUGGCAAGGCAAGGCCCUGGGAGGGGACAAAGGGCAGAGUGCAGAUGUAGUGGAAGGGUGCUCAGGUCCUCGGUGCGUGGAGCCUAUGGAUUUACUCCUCCAGGUUCAGUGAAGCGUCUCGGUCGCACCAGUGACGGCCUUGUGUAGCUCUGGGGAUGCCGAGAGAGUGAGGAAUGGGCUGCUGCAUAUCAAGUAAUUGGAAGCUAGGCUGGAGUUUCUAAAACUGGGACUGGAGAGAUGGUUUGUCAGUUAAGAGCACUGCUCUUGCGGAGAGCCCUAGCUGAGCCCCAGAGUCCAUAUGGCGGGUCACAGCUGCCUUGUGGAAGGGAAGCUCUAGUUCCCGGGGAGGCUGACGCCCUCUUCUGGCCUUUUCUGGCACCACGUGCAUAUGGUGCACAUAUACACAUUCAGGCACAGACACAUAAAAUGAAAAAAAAAAUCUGGAUGGAAGGUCGAGGGCUUGUCUAAAUAAUCCACCCAGCACAGACACAGAUGUUAUCAAAGGGGCUUAGGCACACGUAGCACGACAUCCCAGCCUCUCCUCCGCACUGUGGUGAGAGAUCUUGACCCAGUCAUCCCUCCAGCUGGACCGUAUCUGUAAAAACAGAGAAGUCCUGCUUAGCAGAACUGCUGAGUUUACAGAACAAGGAGUUCUGUGGGUUCUGUUUGCGCUCGCGCUGCGGACUCCCCAGAGCACAGCUGGGCGAGGCAUCAGCUGCUCUGAGCCUUGGUGUCAUCAGCACGAAACGGAAUGCCUGGCCCUCACUCACCCAGCACACAGGGACCGAGGCCUGCCCUGUGCUCAGCUGUUCUAGGCACCGGAAACAGUAUGGGCAAUUCGUAAAAUGAACUGGAUUCCCGUCCUUGGGGGACCUGUGUUGUGACUAGGGAGAGGGACAGAUGGGUGACUACUGCUGAGUAAGGAUGGUGAAGAACGGAGGGGACACCAGGGAUGUGGGUCAGUUGGGAGAGCGUUUGCCUAGCGUGCACACAGCCCUGGGUUCGAUCCCCAUCACCACAUAAACCACGUGACGUGCCUGAGACCUGUGAGACUCUGUCUCAUCACACAAACCAGAGUGGUUCAGAGGGAAGCCUGUUUUGAUUUUGAUGUUUGGAUUUAGUUUCCGUACAUGAGUGUUUUGCUCACAUGUGAAUAUGUGAUCCAUGUGUGUGCCUAGUGCCCACUGUGGGUGAGAGGGUGGAUAGGAUCCUUUGGAAUUGGAAUUACGGAUGGUUGUGAGCAACCAUGUGGGUGCUGGGAAUUGAACUCGGGUCCUCUGCAAGAACAGCAAGUGCUCUUAAGCACUGAACCAUUUCUCCAGCCCUAGUGGCUGUUCUGUGUAAGUUGCUGAGAUAGGUUUCUCCAGUCUAGUAACAAUUAAGCUGAGGACUUCAGAAGGAUCAGUGGGAGCUGUGGGGGCACCAGGAAGUAGCACAAGAUGGUGGGAAAAGCAAGUGCAAAGGCCCUGAGGCAGGAAUGAGCUUGGAGAGUGAGGACUGUGGAGGAGACGUGUGGCUGGAUGGGAAGACGAGAGGGGUGCGCAGGUUGGCAGGAGUGGCGGCUGGGUAGGAAGUCGGAGCUUGUGGUUGGUAUCCCAUCUGCUGCCCCGAGGAAACAUGGCGCACUGGCAGCAUGUUAAUAGUGCGGGUCACCUGCCGUGGGAAGUCAUUUGGUUCUAGCAAUCUGAAUGACUUGGCCCUCCCGCCUCAUCUACCUGCCCAGGACCCACAGAGCAGCUCACCAGAGGCCAUUUCCUCCUCGCCACUCUUUGUUUCGGAUCCAGGGCAGGCAGUUUGGAUUUUGUUUUUUUAAUUAAAAAAAUUCAUUACUGCCACGGAUGGAGAGGAGCUUAAAGCCUGAACCCUUGUACCAACUUGGCAGCUUUAUAUUUGCUUUGUAAUGUGGUAAUGAAGCUUCGGUAGGUUCUGUGCUUGCUGGAGGCGCAUGGGCCAUAUGGCAUGAAGGAAAGGGAUGUGGCUGACCACUGUUUUAUGAGUGGUUAUAAAAAGAUCUUCCUUUCCAAUGAGAGAGAGAGAGAGAGAGAGAGAGAGAGAGAGAGAAAAUCUACCUCUACCAUUCAUGAAGUCUCUUCAAAAAGCCACGCUGAGUACAGUGGCACAUGCCUGCCACAGGAAGAUCCCUGUAAGUUCGAGGACAACCGAGGCUACACAGUGAGACCCUGUUUCAAAACACAACACAACACACCCAGCACCAGGGGUGUGAUGAAUGUGGAACAGGUGAACGAACACAUGACAUAUGCACCACCAUCUCCUAGACUGCAGCCUUGGCAGACAUUGCUAAUCAAUCACAGAGCACCUCCCUGCUGAGCUCAGAUGCAGCCUCAGAGUUCUGGAGAGCCUACAUGGGGUUGGUUUUAUAAGAGGAAACAUUUGUUGACUCAGCUGUAGGAGCAAGUGGUCCUGGGAUUUCUCACCCAGAUAGGGGGAGCAGGCUGGGCUCUGAGCUCGAAGUCCUGUCCUUGAACCUGGGGCAGCUCUUUCUGGCUAUGCCUCUGACCUACAAAUGGUGAACAGCAUAGCCUCAGAGAACUCCUCCAAGUGCUGCUUGGAGCCUGAUGUUUGUGAAGCCAAGGUCCCACCAUCUUGCAAGUGAGCAGAGUAACUGGGGCUAUUUGAAUCCCAGGAUGGAUUCAUCUGGCUACCAGAUGAGGAUCACAUUGGGACAGAUGAGGGCACCAGGUGUUUAAUGAGCUGGGAUAGAAAUGGCGACCUAAGGGGAGUCAGCUUGGUUCUGAGGGCCAGGAGGUCAGUUAUGUAAGUCCGAAGUGGGGAGGGGGGU